AUGCAUGAAAAGCGGCGACAUCGAUCCCGCUUCCGAGAGAUGCUGUUAUUAAUGGAUUGCGCCGCGUAUGUAAUAUUAUUGGGAUACCCCACAACCACAAUCGUGCUCCUCCUAUUCAACAUCGUGAUUUCCUCUGGGACACUGAGUUGCAAUAAAGUGGAAUUUAAUCAGCCACGCUUUGAAAAAGACGCCUCUGACGAUGUGAAGCGCACGGCUCUUGAUUCUAUUUACUCCUCUCUGGGAGCGUAUGAUUUUGAAUUAUGGACAGACGUUUCUUCAUCUCUCGCUGAGCCCUCAUCUGGAUCCGCUGCACUAUUGUACGGCUCCACCACGACAAAUGAUAUCCCUGUGGAGGUCCAUCGUGCAGCAGCUGGCAGGCUCGCAUGCUCAUAG